AUGUCAAGAGCGGAGAGCACGACUGUUGGGACACCUCGUCAGGAAUCCCCGUUCAACCUACCGCCCUUACGCAGCACCCGCUCAACGCUCUUCCUCCCCCAAACUCCGGCGGUCUCCUCCCCUGCUCCAGGUGGUACGGAGACCCCUCGCCCUGCACCCCCUCCCGCAGGCCCACAGCGCAUCCGCACGAUCCGUUUCGGAAGGUUCGACAUUGAUACGUGGUAUGACGCGCCGUUCCCCGAGGAGUACGCGAAUGUGCCUGAUGGAAAGAUGUGGCUCUGCGAGUUUUGCUUGAGGUAUGGGAAGAGCUCAUUUGGGAACCUCAGGCAUCGGAUGAAAUGCAAGGCACGGCACCCGCCAGGAGAUGAGAUCUACCGAGCUGGCAACGUCUCUGUGUUCGAAGUGGACGGACGGAAGAACAAGAUCUACUGCCAAAACCUGUGCCUGCUUGCUAAGAUGUUCCUGGACCAUAAGACGCUCUUCUACGACGUCGAGCCGUUCUUAUUCUAUGUUAUGACGGAGAUGACCGACGUCGGGGCUCGGUUUGUGGGGUAUUUUAGCAAGGAGAAGAGGUGCCCCAGCGGGUAUAACGUCUCGUGUAUUAUGACCCUUCCGGCGAUGCAGAGGCGCGGCUGGGGCAAUCUGCUCAUUGGCUUCAGCUACCUCCUGUCGAAGAAAGAAGGUCGGCUUGGCACGCCCGAACGACCUCUUUCCGGUCUCGGAGAAGUGGCUUACCGUAACUACUGGACGCUCACCAUCAACCAAUUUCUCAACGCGACCCCU